AUGAACAGCUCUGGCGAUCAGUUGGAAUACACCGGAGGCUUCCCUGCGCUUGAGGGAGAAGAACUGAAAGUAGCCCUGCCCGUCAUCUUGGGGGUCAUCUGCCUGGUUGGUUUGGUGGGCAACAGCCUGGUGGUGAUGGUCCUGCUGAGGGACCUCAAGCAAGGCAAGAGUACAGCAGUCCAUGGCUUGAUCCUGUUGCUGAGCAUCACUGAACUCCUUCUACUGUUGUUAUGCGCUCCCCUGCGUGUCUCCACUACCCCCAGGCAAGACUGGUCACCAAGCUGGGUGCUGUGCAAAUCAUCAGAGUACCUCCUGCAUGCGUGCCUCUUGGCUAAGAGCUUCACCUUGGCCGCGGUAGGGCAUGCCCGGUACAGGCAGGUGAGCCACUUGGCAAAACACGGCCGUCCAGAGUGCCCACGGGUGUGGGUGUUGGCAUGCAGUACAUGGGUGUUUGCCCUUCUCUUGCCUAUCCCCCAGUGGCUCUUUUCAACUGCUGGACACAAGCACCAGUUUGCAUCCUGUGUCUUUGAGGUCCCUCCGACUGCUGCUAACUUCAUGAGUGCCUAUGGUGUGGCUUACCCACUCAUUGCCUAUGGGAUUCCCAUGACCUUUGCCAUCGUCUGCCACCUCAAAGCCCUGCUACUUCACACACCCAGGAGGGAUCGUACACCCAACCGCAGAGAGCCCCAGGCCAGAAGGGUCACCCUUCUGCUGUGGGGGCUGAGUGUUGGAUUCACUGUCAUGUGGCUGCCAGACUGGGUGGUGUGGAUGUGGGUCAGGCACAGGAAACCCAGUGGCCCCCGCCCACCCAGUGCUCUGCUGAUCCUGGCUCAGCUGCUGCUUUUUGCCAAUGGUGUUCUCAACCCCCUGGCACUACUCACUGCCUCCCAGGACUUCAGGGAUGGUGUGAGGAGCAUCUGUCAGAUGGCCAGCCAUGGUGUUCCCAGGGCUAGAGGGUCUGAAGGGACUGCAGUAUUGCCCAGCACUCUGGGUCAGAAGAGCUUGGGAACCAACAAUGCCCUGCCCACCAUCUCAGGUUGCCGAGAGGUGCUUACCUGUCAGGAUGUGGUGCAGAACAUCCCACCUGAUGUGCAGCACUUCUGGCAGGACAGGAAAAAUACGGCACCACCAGAAAACAAUGACCCAAUUCCCUGGGAGCGUCAAGGAAGCUCCUAA